UGUUAGGACUCGGUCCGGUGUAUUUGACUGGCUUCACUCAUAGAACAGAACCAAACUGUAACCCCGCGUUAAACUAAACGCCAAAAGAGCAAAAACAAAACAAAAACUAUCGCAAGUAUGUAACUUGUCCAUUUUUCGUGACGGAAGAUGUUCUCAUUUAGGAAAAAACCUCCGAAGAAGUUGUGGGUCUGCUGUCUUCUAUGGUGGUCGCUCCUGCUCGAGCUAGCGUCAGGAGCGUCCUUUUAUGGCGAUGGCUUUGUACAGCUGAAGGCAACAGAGUCGUCCGACCAUAACAAGCUCCGCAUUCGCUUCCGAACUUCCAGUACCAAUGGCCUGCUGUUUCUCGCUGCCGGCCAGACCGUCUACUUUCUGCUAGAGCUCCACGCUGGUCGCCUGCAGUUAAAACUGGACUUAGGAUCUGGGGAGCAAGUAUUGCAGUCGGAUGGAGGCAUACAGCUCAAUGACCUUGCCUGGCACUCAGUGGAGGUGACCCAUUGGAAGAGCAAUGUGACUAUAACAGUGGACAAGAACUCUCACACAAGUUCAGAAAUCCUUGGCACCCAUCACACUCUCAACAUUUUGGAUGGUCUCUUUGUCGGUGGUUCGGUUGGCCUUGACAGACCUUACCUCCCUAGAGAUCUCAUUAGCUUUCGAGGCUGCCUGGAAGACGUUGUCUUCAAUGACCAUGAUCUGCUGUCAUCGCUUAGACCAUAUACUGGAUUCAAGACUGUCCAUGAGGUGUCUUUAGGUUGUAAUCCUCAGUUUUUUGCUACAGAAGAGGACCCCAUUAGCUUCUUUAGCUCUAGGGCCUACAUUUCUCUUCCACCGUGGAAUGGUCAGCAAGAAGCGGUUUUUGAGUGUGUUGUGCACACUUCAGCCAAAGAGGGCAUAAUCCUCUACAACUCUGUCAGAGAGGGUGACUUUGUGGCAUUGGAGAUUCAAGAAGGCUUACUUGUGACUAUUGUUGGGAAAGGUGGUACCAAAACGGAACUGCGUUCACUAACGUUUAUCAAUGACAGGAAGUGGCAUGCUGUCAAGGUUCGCUUCAGUUCUAAAAUGCUUGAACUCACUGUCGAUGGAGAAGUGGUGAAAAGCAGCAUUGGCUCACGUUCAAAGGGGCUGCAGUUUAAAGGCUACAUUUUCAUUGGAGGCAUUGACGACAGCACCAGAUCCGAAGUUCGUAAGGUUGGGUUGUUGUCUGUGUCCGGAAAACGUAUGCGUGGAGGCUCUUUUAAAGGAUGUCUGAAGAAUAUUGAAGUGAAUGGAGUGAAGAUGGGUCUUUCUAAUACUGUUGUCACUAAGGAUAUAUCAGUUGGCUGUGAAACAGAGAAUGAACCAGGAUCAUCGACUGCUGCGAGUCCAACAAGUGCACCAGAAUCCUUAUUUUUCUUGGUAACACCAACCCCUUCACUACACAUGUCGACCCUCGCAAGAGGUUUGGACAGAAGGUAUGGCUCUAACUUUAUGCAGCUAAAACCCCUAAUAGUUCCAGAAGGCGGUCGAGCAUCUCUUGAGGCUAAACAUAUCAAGAUAAUCCUGGACUUCAAGGCGCUUGGUAUUCGUCAGUCUCAGAUCAUGUUCCAAGUUCAAGAACAACCAACGCAUGGUCAAAUAAGACUUGAUGUUGAUCAGGACCAACCUCAAAAUACGUUCAGCAUGUUGGACCUUUGGCAUGAACGAGUCAUGUAUAUCCACGGAGGCUCUGAAGAUCCAGAUGACUUUUUCAUGUUUUCCAUUUAUUCCAGCAGUCGGAAGGAAGUUCCAGAUUAUCUGAGGGGUAACAAGCUGUACCGCUUCAACAUUACAGUAACACCCACCAAUGAUGCGCCUGAAUUGAGUCUGCCAGAAGGAAAUCUUUUUUCUUUGUUGGAAAACUCAAAAAAACGGCUCACUACAGACAUACUGAAGGCCACAGACAUUGACAGCAACUACAACAAUCUUGUAUUUACCGUGCUUGGGAACCUGAAUGCAGAAGCUGGAUAUUUGGAACUCGAAGACAACCCAGGACUAGCAGUGACCUCAUUCUCACAUUCAGAUUUGCAAGAAUUGAGAGUGUAUUAUGUUCACACCGGGGUUAGAAACUCUAGGAUAGUGCUUAGAGUCAGUGAUGGGGAGAAGGUGAGCAACACUGUAGUUUUAAGAGUUAUGGCUCUAGAACUUCAGUAUAAGAUUGCUAACAACACAGGACUGAAUAUCAUUCAAGGAGAGAUAGCCAUAAUUGGUUCAAAGCAACUGUCAGUGGAAACCAAUGCUGUGAAGCAAGUGAUUGACAUCCGUUAUGACAUCACUGAACAACCACAGUAUGGUGAACUCCAGAGACUUCACUCAAGUGGUGAAUGGAGGCCCACUGACUCAUUUUCCCAAAGGCUUCUAGAAAAAGAUAGACUGAGGUAUGUUAGCACUUUUCAGGAGAUCCAGACAUCCAAUGCCACUGAUUACUUUAAGUGUAAAGUCCAUGUUGCUGGAAGGGCAGUGACAGAAGUACUUUUCUCAAUCUUUGUGAAGUGGGUGAGGUACAAUUUGGUGAGGAAUGUAGUGAUGAACCUGGAUAAAGUCAGAAAAGUGACACUUAACUCUGAGUAUCUCUUUGCCUCAGCUGAGGGUGUGACUCUAUCUGAAGAGGACCUUUAUUUUAGGGUUCUCACCACACCAAAGAAAGGAAAACUUUUACUGGGCACCACAGUAUUGUCAAAAAAUUCAACAUUUAGUCAAAGAGAUGUCACAGAUCUAAAAGUCCAGUAUCACCUUGUUGACCGGCCACACAAAGACACACAUGACAGGUUCAAGUUCCACAUGUUUUCCAGACAUGCCCAGUCUCAGAACUAUGAUUUCCAGUUUUCAAUUAAAGCGGAUGUCAACAGUGUUUUUAUCAAGAACGAGGGACUUGUUCUUCAGGAAGGAGAAAGUAAACUGAUCACAAAAAAUGAACUGUUUGCAGAAACAUUGCUUACACAGGAUAUGUACUACUCUGUGAUAAGCAGUCCCAAACAUGGAAAGCUUGUUCGUAUUACUCAGUCGAAUUCAAAUUCUAGCUACAGCAACAUCUUGACAUUUAGCAAUCAUGAUCUCUUGGAGGACCGGAUAAUGUACGUCCAUGAUGACAGUGAAACGAGCCAGGAUGAGUUCACUUUCAUUUCCUCCACCACCCAAGGGUUCAAAUCUUUCAUUGCAGAGGAUGAAAUCGGGUCCAAGGAAGGAACCUUCAACAUAACCAUUCAGCUUGUCAAUGAUCAAAAACCAACACGUGUCAUUGAUAAAGUUUUCAAUGUUGUCAGAGACGGACAGAGGCUGCUCACUGAUGAAGAUUUGCGUUACCAUGAUCCAGAUUCAGAUUUUGAUGACGACCAGUUGAUUUACAUUCGCCGUGGAAUACCCAUGGGAGAUUUAGUGCUGGUUAAUGACACUAGUCACAGACUAUUUGAGUUUCGCCAAAAGGAUUUAAAAGACAAACGAGUGCUGUUUAUUCACAAAGGUGUAGGCAUUGGCAGGUUUGUGCUCUUUGUUUCCGAUGGGAAAAACUUUGUUUCAAGUCUUUUAGACAUCAGUGCACAGGAGCCUUUCUUUAAAGCUGGAAAUAACACUGGUUUACUGGUGCAGAAGGGACGAUCAGUUACCUUUUCCCCUGCAAAUUUUACUCUUCUAUCAAAUCUGGACAUCAGAAAUGACCAGGACAUCACAUUCAAGUUGGAUGAGACUCCAAAGUAUGGCACACUCUAUCAAGAAGAAACAGAGGUGGAGUCAUUCACACUGUCUGACCUCAAGAAUGGCAUCAUCUCUUAUCAACAUGAUGACAGCAAACAUCUGACCGACCAUUUCAACUUGAUGGUAACGGCUAAACACAUGCAACUUGUAGCGAGGAUCAAUGUGAAAGUUUACCUGGAAAGUCAUCAGAGACCUCCCAUCGUGCAGCAUCACAACACCUUACUAGUGGAGGAAGGAAAACCAGUCAAGAUUGAUGAGGCGAAACUGGAGGUCACACAUGAAGACAAUGUGCCAUCUGAGAUCGUGUUCACAGUCAAGGCGGGUCCCUAUCAUGGCUUUCUACGACAUUUUGUGGAAGAAGAAGAACGUUACAUUGGAACUCAAGAGUCUCCCAUCAAGACAUUUACCCAAAACGACAUUAACAGUGGCAACGUCCAGUACAUGCAGGUGGAGCCCAACAAAGUCAACGACACCUUCGUCCUCGAUGCCACCAAUGGGAUUACAGACGUCAGCGAUAUUAGUGUGUUGGUUGACAUCAUACCCCACCUCAUCCCACUUCAGGUCUCCAAUUUCACUGUGGAUGAGGGCGGCUACAAAGCCCUGACACAGGAAGUACUUGAAAUCACCAGCCGACACUUUGCUGGAAUCAACUUCCUGUUCAAUGUGACUGAGCCCCCGCACCAUGGUCAUAUUGAGCACUCUCGACAUCCUGGUGUGCCUAUAACAUCUUUCACCAGGAGACAGGUGGAGCACGAAUUUAUCUACUACGUACACGACAACAGCGAAAGUUUAGAGGACAACUUUACCGUGGUGGCCAACGACACAGGCCUAAGGAAGCAGAGCAGGGCUCAGACAGUGUUCAUCCAAGUUGCAGCUGUCAACGAUGAGCCCCCUGUUAUUACCGCCAACAGGGUCCUCAGGGUUUGGGUAUCCUCAGUCACAGAGAUCGGCCUGGAGGACCUCAGAGCGCUGGACCUGGACACGCCUUCAGAGGAGCUCCACUUCAUGGUGACGCCACCCAGCAAUGGACACUUGGCCCUAAAGAGUGCCCCCAUGAAGGCGGUGCUCAAUUUCACACAGGCCCACAUAGACCAGGGACAUCUGCUGUUUGUGCACAAAGGUGCCAUGUCCGGAGGGUUCAACUUCCAGGUUAAUGAUGGUGUGAAUUUUACUCCUAGACAGAUCUUCAGCAUCACCGCAAGAGCCUUGGUUCUCAGUUUGGAGCGAAAUCGUCCUCUUAAGGUGUUCCCGGGAUCUUCAACACCAAUUUCAAAUAAGGAAUUACAAGUAGUGACCAAUGAUAUCAGCGAUAUUUCAAACCGCACAAUUACAUUCACUGUGAUUCGACAUCCCAAGCUGGGGCGUCUGGUAAUGAAGCAUCCUGAUAAUUCCACAGUUGAAAUCGCCACUUUCACACAAGAUAUGCUUGACCGAAAAGAAAUUAUGUACAUCCAAAGUCCAAUUGAGUCAGUGGGAUGGGAAGCCAUGGAUUCGCUGACAUUCUCUGUUGCAUCACCACCUUCUUCCCUGGAAAGUGAGACCUUCAAGAUUGAUAUCUCAUAUGAGAACACAGGACCUGAACACAACACAGUCCUUUUGGCAAACACAGGUGGCGAAGUGACAGAAGGAGAGAGUGUCGUUAUUGACGAGUCAAAGCUUGACGCCUCUAACCUGAUGUCUCGGCUGCCAACGCCUCAGAGGGGCACCCAUGAGGUCUGGUUCCAGGUGACGUCAUUGCCGCAACAUGGUGUCAUAGUGGUCGGUGAACGAAACCUCACUAAGGAGAAACCCAACUUUUCCCAAUUCAUCGUCAACAAAUACGGCAUUACCUACAAGCACGACAACUCGGAGACAACAAAGGAUUCCUUUGCCUUCAGUGCAUGGGUAAAUCCAAAAGGUAAAACAGCUCAACGGCCUUUCGAUGACAGCAAUGUUGUUGAAGAGUCUUUCAACAUUACAAUCACGCCUGUGAAUGAUCAGCCUCCUGUGUUGAAGACUAAAGCACCGAGUCUGACUGUGGUACAAGGAGAUAGCGUAUCCAUCAAGCCAGAGAACCUGAAAGUAGAAGACUUAGACAAUCCUCCUGAUGAUAUUGUCUUUUCUGUCAUUAGCAAGCCAAACAAUGGUUACCUCGCUCUUGACAGAAGAUUGAAUGAGUCGAUUGGAGCCUUCACCCAAGCCCAGAUCAAUAAUGGAAGCAUUUAUUUCAUUCAUGACGGUAGCCCUACUUCCGGUGUGUUCUACUUUAGUGUUACAGAUGGCCACCAUAAACCAAUUUACAAACUCUUCAACCUAGAUGUGACAAGGAUAACCAUCUCUCUAGUCAAUCACACGGGACUGACACUUCAGCAAGGUAGCACCGCGGUUUGGCUUAAUCAAGACAAUCUUGGUGCCAAGACGAAUGGGCGUAACGCCACUAUUCAUUACCAGAUUACAAGGCCUCCAAAGUUCGGUAAACUUCUCUUGGACAAUCAAGAGGUGUCACAGUUUGAACAGGAAGAUGUCCAGACUGAACGGCUUGUUUACCACAUGACCAAUCUUUCCUUUGCGGAGGACAACUUUGAGUUCACCGCCUUCACUUCCGAGGUGAAUCUGAGUGCACAAGUGCUAAACAUCACUGUCUCGCCUCUGAUCCAUUUUGGCAAACAUAUGAGGGCACCUAGUGGGAUUGCUGUAAAACUUAACUCUGCUUCACUUGAUGCUUCCAAACUGGCUGAUAUAUGUAGUUGUGAUCCUGUAUUUGAAGUUCUCUCCCACCCAAAUUACGGGAAAGUGGUUCGACCAAAAACAAAAAAAUCCAGAAAAUCUGAAGCACUUGAGUCUUUCACUUUCCAGGAUGUUACGCAAGAGAAGGUAGCCUUGGAGUUGAAUGCCAACAUUACUGGAGUUCAAGAGCUAAACGACUCAAUAGUGUUCCUUCUGAAAGCUGAUAACAUUCAACCUGCUCAAGGGGAGUUUCAUUUUACCAUUGUGCCGUAUGAUCCUGUCGACCUUCCGACCACAAAGAGUCCUCUGACGUCCACAUCAUCUCCUUCUCGGACAACAAUCCAGACUUUUAGAAAUGGAAUGACUUUACCAGAGCGGUCCACCACUGUCAUUUACACCCAACAACCAAGCAAAAACCAACGAAGGGUCAAAAGUCGUAACCGCUGGGGAAAGUCCAAUACCACAAGCAUUUUCACAACAACUCUUGGCAAACCGACAACAGGAACUGAUCAUUUUCCCUUCAUGAACACACCCGUCCGUGUGGAGUCGUACCCACAGAAGAGCUCCAACCCUCUGCUCGUGAUCUUACCACUGCUUGCUCUUCUACUGCUUGUCAUCAUCUUUGUGGUGCUGGUGGUUUUCCUUAGACAUCACAGGCGACGGAAGCAGAGAACCGACACGCCGAAGGAGCCCCCUCCUGCUGGUCUUCCAAGUAGCCAGUCAUACCUGGGCCAAACUCAGAGAAGCUCCACUGUUCCCACAGUCACUGUCACCCCACUGAACCUCAACAACACAAAUAGCGCCUCUCUCACUCGCUUACUGGUUCAGAACCAGCGACCAUACAAUUACAACACGGUUGAUUCAAACAUUCUCAUAAGCUCUUGGAAUAGUGACUCUCCCACCGCAUCUUCCCAAAUCAUCCAGACUGCCACACCUACUCUUCAAAGGAAUCAAUAUUGGGUUUGAGUCAAAACGGUUUCCACAAAGUUCGAAUUGUCCAAAAUGUUUUGAUAAAAUGGGAGAAUUGAGACUCGAGGGGCGUUAAUUGAUUAAGGCAUGUCCCAAGACUUUUGUUAAUAUCAAUGGUUUUGAACAGUAGUACCUGUAUAUUUGGGUCAAUGAAGCAAUCCAGUGCAAUGCCAAGCUAUCAGACGUCAAAUUAAGUAGCAAAGCUGAAGAAAUCGUAUUGUUUAGUACCCUGACUCCGAAAUCAUCUGUGGUAUCAAAGGCAUAUUUGAAAGCUUUGGAGAAGACAUUGGCUGCCAUUUUAUAACAUGGACAGGGUCAAAAGUUACAAGUUAAGUUUGUUUAUAUGAGCCUACUGCUGAUAUUAGUCCGUCCUGCUGCUGACGUUAUCUCUUCCACUGAGUGUACAGUUUUACAGUCGCAGCUCUGCUCCAUCAGAGGGUGCUGUUGUUACUGGUCAAAGUUACAUAGUGCCACUUCAAUUAUGCAUAAAGAAUACAAUCAUAUGGGUCCCGUGACAAUAAAAGGCAUUCUCUUCUGUUCUAUUCUAUAUAAUGAUUAUCACUGUGGCCAAUAACCUCAACUUGGUGCCUGAUAUUUUCUUUGUUAGUUAUAUAUCCUACUGUACAUUACAGUCUAGAAAGGUUUAGAAAGAAGAAGAAGUGAGCCACCAUGAAAUUAUAUUUUCGAAUUAUAUUUUUACAAGUCUCAUUACACUGGUUAAACGUCAGCACUGUUAAUUUCACAGUCCUUUUUACUGCGUACUCGUUUUAGCAUGUGAUAACAGGAAAUGAAUAUUUAAAAGUAAAAAUACUAUUGUGCUUGCGCUCUUAUUUGUAAAGGAAUGCAUCGUUAACAUGAGAGUUUGUUUGAAGAGAAAAUUGUGCACAAAUUACUAAAUGGUGUGCCAGUAUUUAUGUUGGGAUGUUUGUUUUUUUAAGUCGUUUGUCAAUGAAAGGUACUGAAACUGCUGUUAAAGAAAACCACUGGAAACAUAGUACUACUUUGUACUGGACUAAUGGAAAUCCUAUCCUUGUAUUCUCCUUCUCCUCUAAUGUAACCGAUAUGUCGAAUGGCACAUUUUAUUUAUACCAUAUUUUUAUUAAACUGGUUUAAAAUGAAUGCAAGGUUUAUGGAAACAAAUUAUUAGGUCCUGAGCACCAAGCUUUAUUGAAACUUCUGUAGAGAAUGCUGCUACUGAGCCCCCCUUUUGCUUGAGGUCAAGUAACAAACUACCAGCUUUUCUGCUUUGAAGCUGCUUUGUCCGUCAGAAGGCUCAUAACAAAGGUUAUUUUGGCCGGCUUGGAUAAGUACAUGGCAGGUUGCUGGUCAAAAACUAGAGUCCUUAUUCCCCUCUCAGGUUGAUGCGGUGCUCUUUUCAUUGUGGGCUGUCGGAGUAGAUAAAGAGAAAGGCCUCUUGCCCUUGAACAAUACAGUAUAUCAGAUCUCUUAAGUGAUCACUGUAAUUUAAGUGUUCAUAAUUGCAGGGUGUAGGCCGCAAGAAGACACUAAGUGCAUAUUCACUUUAAUGAGGUUUCAUUUUGAUGAUCCCAGAUGGAUUUAACAAAGCACUCCAACCUCCACACUUGUUUCAGUUCUUAAGAGCCCAUGUCUCUCUUGCAUGCCUUUUGAAAUACAUUUAGUUUGGUCAUACGAGCCAAUCAAGGAGUGGAAAACACUCCAGAGGUGUAGAGAAUGUAACAUGUGGUUGCUGAGGGCCGCCCUUUUAGGUUAGGAGUUUCCCGAUUAGUUUUUCAACCUUUUAAAGCAGAUAUUUGUGUGGUGUUGGUCAUAUUUCACACACUAUGUAUAUGGUUCCUUGAAAGAUCUCCAGCACAGACAUAAAAUAACUGCCACUCAGACCAAAGGCUUUUCUCCUGAUUGGUCUUGCUGGUUUAUUUUAAUUAGUCCGCUAAAUGAAGCUCUCAGAGGCCCACAAAUAUUUUUUUGAAGACAGAAAACAAACAACACGAACAUGUGUGUGUGUGUGUGUGUGUGUGUGUGUGUGUGUGUGUGUGUGUGUGUGUGUGUGUGUGUGUGUGUGUGUGUGUGUGUGUGUGUGUGUUGUGUGUAUCUUGGAGUACAGCCACAGGGGUUGGAGGGGUUGUCAGCAUUUUGUUAGACAACAUGAAUGAGGCUCCACCAAAGAGAGAGAAAGAGCUUCCUGAGUGAGGGGCUGUGAAAACAAAAGCAGGACUAUAGCGAACACACAGUGCUCCCACAUUCCGGAACCUUCUGCCAGGUACAGGACAGCAGGACCUAAUCCACAUGUUCCCAUUGUGCAUUGCAUAAUGGGCUCCAAAACUAAAUGUGUGAAUCCCAACAUUUAAGGGGAGAAAUGUUCAUAUACAAUUUAGAUGUAUAUAUGAUCCUGGACGUACCCUGGCCUUGAAAUCAUCCGUGUUCGCAUGCAAUUACUUAGGAUA